CAAUAAAAAUAGAAAUUGUAAUUAAAAAAAAAAAAAAAUCAAAGUGGGACAUGGGGAUAAAGGUGAAGAUGCUAAGGUCCCAAGGGCCCCCCUAGAUUGUAAAAUGAUUGUUAUGUGUUCUACAAAGUCACAAAUUAUUCAUUGAAAGUAUGAUAAUGUAGAAUGGAUUGAAUGAAACCUGGGAUUUUUACAUUUUCUUUUGUUUCAUUUAUAUUUUUUUGAUUGAGGCACACACAAUCCAUUAAUUCAAGAUUAAAUAAUUACUAAUAAAUCUGAGCUUCUGUGUUAUCUGUAGCUGAAUAUUUGAUAAAGCACACAUUGUUAACUUUGUCAUUUUUCAAGAAUUCAUUUUUUUAAGUUAACCUAUUUUUUAUUUUCAGAUCCUGAAGAACUGGUUUUUCAGGGAGUGAGAAACAUUGAGGAGCAAACAAACCUGCGAUGAGCCCCCUGAAUUCACCCUCCUUCAUUAAUGCCACUAUUGUUCGUCCUGAGUUCUUUUUCAUAAGUGGUUUUGCUGGUAUUCCCCAUGCAAACUACUACUAUGUCUUCUUGUGCCUUGUUUAUGCUCUGAGUCUACUAGGAAAUGCAUUUGUCAUGUUUGUGAUUUACACUGACCACCGUCUCCACAGUCCAAAAUACAUUGUCGUUUUUAAUUUGGCUGUGUCUGACUUGUGUGGAAGCACCGCAGUUGUUCCUCAGAUGAUUGACACCUUGCUGUUUAAAUCACAUUUAAUCUCCUACGGGGCCUGCUUGACUAAUAUGUUUUUUGUUUUUGCUUUUAUCACUGUGCAGUCUUUCACUCUCACCGUUCUGUCCUAUGACAGAUUUGUUGCGAUAUGCUUUCCACUGAGAUACAAUGAGAUUGUGACUAGUAAAUCAAUGUUGGUGAUCACAACCAUAAUAUGGAUUUUUGCAGGAACGGCCAUUCUUAUAACUGUGAUAUUUAUCAGCAGAAUAUCAUUCUGCAAAUCCGUUGUGAUAAACAGCUUUUUUUGUGAUCAUGGAGCUGUACAACUUUUGGCAUGCGACGACAACCCUCCAAGUGCUGUGAUAAACUGGACACAUCCUGUUAUAAUUCUCUGGUUUCCAGUACUUUUUAUCACAGGUACAUAUAUAUGUAUAGCCAGAGCCUUAUUUAAAAUUGCAGAAGCCUCUGAGCGCCUCAAAGCCAUGAAGACCUGCACCUUUCAUUUGAUCUUGGUGAGUGUGUUUUAUCUUCCAAUAUGCAUCACCGACGCAAUGAGCUCCACCAUUCAACUGAACACCAGGAUUGUGAACAUGUCUCUGGCGACCGUCUUGCCACCUAUGCUGAAUCCAAUCAUUUACUCUCUGAAGACAGAGGAAUUCACAGAAUCCAUUAAAAAGCUGUACAGAAGAAACAAGAUACAAAUUGUUUUAAGGAAUAAAUUAAAAACAAAUGUUUAAUCACAAAUGACUGACUACCAAAUUUGACCGUGUUCAUUAUUUUGAACACUCCACUCCAAUGUGAACUGUAAGAGCAAUUAACAACUUGAAUAUAAUAAAUUGGAACCCGGUGCAUAUGAAAAACAAUUAUUUAUUUUCAAAAAUAUGAUUUAAAACAUAAGUUGUAUAUUUAUUCUGUAUGUUUUGAGAUUUUUUAAUUCAAUCUGAAAAUAUGAACUAAAAGUUUUAUUUUGUAUGCCUGUUAAAUCUGAGAAAAAAGACUCAUAUCGAGCAUAAAUUGCCCAAUCAAUGCCGAACCUCAGUAAUGCUCUUCUGGCUGAAUAGUAGCAAAUUCCUGCAGCAAUGCUCCAACAUCUAGUAUACCGCCAUCCCA